ACGUAUGACCCUCGACCCCGGAACUCCCCACGCGCUGUGAUGGAGGAGAGCAGCACGCGGACAGAGGAGAUGGAGAACGUGCAGAAAACUGAGAAGAAGAAGAGGAGCAAAGAGGAGGAAGAGGAGGAAGAGGAGGUCUUCAACUUAAACAACAAAACUCCGGGGGAUGAGGGGGACGAUGAAGAUCUGUCGGACAGUGAGGACAGCGUGUUCUCAGGACUGGAGGAUUCUGGGAGUGACAGCGAGGAUGAAGAGGAGGGAGAGGAGGAGGGAUCACAUGAAGAAGAAGAUCUGAAGGAUGAUCAGAUCCUGCAGCCAGAGAAGAAGAAGGGAGGACUGACAGCAGAAGAAGAGAAAAAGGAAGACGAGUACAGACAGGACUCUUCAGACGAGGAGGACAUCCGGAACACCGUGGGCAACAUCCCGAUGGACUGGUACAAAGACUUCCCUCACAUUGGAUACAACCUGGAUGGGAAGAAGAUCUUUAAACCAAUCAGGAACAAGGACGAACUGGACGAGUUCCUGGACAAAAUGGAUAACCCGGACUACUGGAGAACGAUCCAUGACAAGCAGACAGGAAGUGACAUCAUCCUGUCAGACGACCAGGUGGCGCUGGUGAACCGUCUGCAGAGAGGACAGUUCGGAGACCUGCACUUCAACGAGUACCAGCCCCAGGUGGAGUUCUUCAGCUCAGACGUGAUGCUGCACCCGGUCACUAACCGCCCGGCUGACAAGAGGAGCUUCAUCCCCUCUCUGGUGGAGAAGGAGAAGGUCUCCAAGCUGGUCCAUGCCAUAAAGAUGGGAUGGAUCAAACCAAAGCGCCACGAGGAGGCGGAGGGCAGGUUUUACGACCUGUGGGCCAACGAGGACUGUACCACUUCGCUGGCUCGUCUCAAGAUGCACCUGCCGGCCCCCAGAGCCCCCCUGCCGGGACACAUGGAGUCCUACAACCCCCCCCCAGAGUACCUGUUCACUGAGGAGGAGAAAGCCCUGUGGGAGCAGCAGGAUGUCUCCGACAGGAAGUGUCCCUUCGUCCCUCGCAGGUUCUCGUCCCUCCUUCAGGUGCCGGCGUUUCCUCGCUUCCUCCACGAGAGAUUUGAGCGCUGCCUCGACCUCUACCUGUGCCCCCGCCAGAGGAAGCUGAGGGUCAAUGUGAAUCCAGAAGAUUUGAUUCCCAAGCUCCCCAAACCAAAAGACCUGCAGCCCUUCCCAACAACACAGUCUCUGGUGUAUCGGGGUCACAGUGGUCUGGUUCGCUCCAUCAGUGUGUCUCCUUCAGGACAGUGGCUCGCCUCAGGCAGUGAUGACGGCUCGGUGCGGUUCUGGGAGGUUUGUUCGUCUCGCUGCCUGAAGACGGUCCAGGUGGGCGGAGCCGUGAAGAGCGUGGCCUGGAACCCCAACGCCUCCCUGAGCCUGCUGGCUGUGGCCCUGGACUCCAUGGUGCUCGUCCUGUCUCCCGCUCUGGCAGACAAACAGGUCGUCUCUGCGUCAGAGCGACUGCUUGCCGGUCCACAGGGGACGGAGCCUGCAGAGGAGGCGGGGCCUGUCACCUGGACUGACACGGAGGGGGAGGAGCUAAACCAGGGCAUCCGCCUUAAGAUCCAGCACCCAAAGCCCGUCCAGCAGGUGGCGUGGCACGCUAAAGGAGAUUACCUGGCCUCUGUGAUGCCGGAUCACUCCAGCCACCUGCAGGUGUUCAUCCACCAGGUGAGUCGGAGGCGGAGCCAGAACCCCUUCAGGAAGAACAAAGGGCUGGUGCAGUGCGUAUCCUUCCACCCCGUCAGGCCCUACUUCUUCGUGGCCACGCAGCGCUCCGUCCGCAUCUACAACCUCGUCAAACAGGAAAUGACUAAAAAACUGCAGGCCAACUCCAAAUGGAUCUCCAGCAUGGCCGUGCAUCCCGGGGGUGAUCAUGUGAUCUGUGGCAGCUACGACUGCAGGCUGAGCUGGUUCGACCUGGACCUCUCAACCAAACCUUACAAGAUGCUCCGACACCAUAAGAAGGCAGUGAGGGGCGUGGCCUAUCACAGACUUUACCCUCUGUUCGCCUCGGCGUCCGACGACGGAUCCGUGAUCGUCUGCCACGGCACCGUCUACAAUGACCUGCUGCAGAACCCUCUGCUGGUUCCAGUGAAGGUUCUCCGAGGUCACGUGAUCACCCACGACCUUGGGGUUCUAGACGUGACCUUUCACCCCUCCCAGCCGUGGGUCUUCUCCUCCGGCGCCGACGCCACCAUCAGACUGUUCACCUAGCAACGGUUGCUAGGACACCAUGUGCUGUUGUAGGCUGUAACCAUGGAGAUGUGACCUGUUUACUUUUUAAUAAAACUUGUUGUCUGCC